AUGACUUUGUGUCGUAUCUUUUCACGGGCCCAGUCGCCAACCUUGGCAGUAAAGGUGGCACCACGUCAUUGGUGGAUGUGUACGGCACACUGGUCUCAUCCCGCUUAUAUGUACCCGAUGAUCUCUCGCGUUUGGACCCACAUCAUCUCAAACUUUCAAAUCGGUGCCACCUGCUUGAUGGCAGAUGACCCUUACCCAUAUACUGCGCAAUAUAUCAUCAAGUUCCAGACAAACUUCAGCGUAAAAAUGAUUCAGACAACACUGAGAGCUCUUUGGAAAAAUUCGCUUGUGACCAAUCAUUCAUAUCAGCUUUGUACCACAAUAUAUGAUGGCGACAUGCCAGACUCUAAUGAGAUAUUCAUUUAUUUUAGUGAGGCUCGGCCUGAAAUAAGCCUUUUGAACAUGAGCGGGAUCUUUGCUUCGGCCUUCACUGCCACCCUUGCUUUAGAAUUGAUCAAAUAUAAGACUGAACAUGAAUUAUGA